AUGCCACACUAUCACAGCUCUUCAAACUCGAGCAGUGGUGCUGAGAGACUAUACCACAACCCUCGACGUGAGGGCCGAGAUCGCAAGGAGCCUCGCCCAGCACCCAAACGUGAGGUCGUUGUCAUCCAUCACAACACUACCACUCGCGAUGAUCCUGUACGAACCUCAGGCAUGAGCCACAACAGAUGGAAGUAA